GAAUACACUAUCACAACGUUAUAAACUGUGAACAAAGCCAUGGAAAAACAGCCCCUCUUAAACAAGGAACCGCCAGCCACGUCACCUACAAAGGCUGACUCCGCCCCCAAGGCUCCAGACAAAACCAGGUACGGGACACUCCUAUUUGUGAAUAUCGUGACCUGUCUGUGGACUCUGGCCCAGCAUCUGCAUUCCCCGGUGGUCACCCAGUACCUGUAUGUGAGGGUCAAGGAAGAGGUGUACCCAAACGGUACGGAACCAGAGAAGCACAACGUCACCUGCUUCCAGAACAGUUCCACAGAAGGCUUCAAACUGCAGGAGAAGGCACAGCAGGUAACAAACGCCAUGCAGAUGCAGUUCUCGUUAUCGAAAACUGGAUGCGAGUUGGUUGUCAAUCUAUUGCUUGGCUCCUUCUCGGAUUAUGUAGGGAGAAGGGUUCUGUUUAUGGUGCCAACGAUCGGCUAUUUCUGCAAAAAUAUGAUCCUUACAUCCAUAAUAUUCUGGAACUUGGAUCUCAAGUUUUACUAUGUUGGUGAGAUACUGGAAGGAAUGACCGGCGGGUUAUCUCUAUUUAAAAUAGCCUGCUACGCGUGUGUGUCGGACAAUACACCAGCUAAAGGGGUCCGUACGUUGGGGAUGAUAGCAGUGGAUGUCACAAUUGCAGUUACCGAUGCGUCCAUUUCAUCAGUGACAGGAGUCUUCAUCCAGAAUACAGGAUUCUUUUACCCGUCCUUGGCAUCUGCGUUGAUGACUGUGGUUGUCAUGGUGACGAUUAUGUGCAUUUUGUCUGACAAUGUUAAACGAAAAGGAGCAUCAUGUGUGAAUUUUCUGACAGGGUUAAAGCAUGUCGUGUCGCCCUUCGUCUCAGAAGGUUCAAAGAGAAGGAAGGCAUUGUUCUGGUUGGGCAUUACCUCUUAUUCCAUUUUUACCCUCAGUGGCAGUACUGGGGACAUUGGAAGUCUGUGGCAGCUAAACUACCCCCUAUGUUGGAGCUCAGAGAUGAUUGGAUACUACAGCAUGGCUAGCACAAUGUUCAAUCAAGUGCUCUCCAUCCCCUUAGCCAGGCUGCUCCAGAGCUGCGUCAGUGAUCCAGUCAUCGCUGUGUGGAGCUGUGUCGUCACUAUAGCGUCCAACGUCCUGCAGGCGUUCUCCUACACCAACUGGAUGAUGUACGGCGUUGCCAUCGUUGGAUCUCUUUCGGUUUCAGUAGGGGGGAUUAUCCGGUCAGUGUUGUCACAGAUGACGCCUCCAGAUCGACAGGGGUCUCUCAUGGCGAGUUUCUCUGUUAUUGGAAUCGUCAGCGUUGUCUUGGGAGAGCCUAUGUUCAGUUUUAUAUACAGAUCUACAGUGCUGGUGAUGCGGGGUGCAUCCUUCCUUGUUUCAGCUGGUGGCCAUCUUUUAUCGACAGUUAUAAUCAUCGUCUUUGCUGUGUUGUCAUCGGGUAAGAAUAAACAGGAAGUGACGUCAUCAUCGACUCCACAAAUACCGGAAGAAGAAGGCGUACCAGCACGAAGACAUGUUCAGGGUAGCGAAUGAAUUUCUGGAUGUGAGACAUCUGUCGAUUCUAAUAUUUCCAGAACGUUGAACUUCUGGGAUCAGUUUACCGUCAACACUACAUGGUGUCUGCAUAUACAGCCUUGUACUUGUGACGCAUGUCUUCUUUUAGUCGUGUCAUGAAAUGACCAUAUAACUCACGGGCGUCAUAAAAGCCCUGACCCGUGAAGAUCCGGGGUAGAAUAGGUCUUCAACAACCCAUGCUUGCCGUAAAAGGCGACGAUGCUUGUCGUAAGGGGCGACUAACAGAGAUCGGGUGGUCAGGCUCGCUGACUUGGUUGAUGUAUGUCAUCGUAUCCCAGUUGUGUGGAUCGAUGCUUGUGUUACCAAUCACUGGGUCGUUAUGCUACUGGGUGGUCAUUCGAAACUCAAGUUUCGUUCGUAAGUAAUUACGGGGCAGUGUUAAUCUCGUAGUAACUUACUCUGCUUGUUCUAAGCUAAACUUAUUAGCUAGGGCUUUUCAUAAUCCGUUUUUCUACUUAUCCGUUGAUAGCUUAGGUCAAGUACCUUAUAUUUUUGAAAAGUUCCUUGUCCAGUCAAAGUGACAGUGUCUUUAGUCUAUUGGACUAGUUUGAUAUUCAGGCGAUAACCAACUAUUUUAUUGUCCACGGGACUUAUUGUAGUGAUAGGCCCUUUGUGUUUAUAUCCCACUAUUUCACCCAGCCUGGGUUAUGCACUUGUUAGGGUGUGAGUUAAUUAACUCAGGUGUUAAUUGAUCGCAGUCGACUUAACUGGCUGUGUAUGUAUCUUGUCAACAUCUUGUCCAAAUGUUUGUUCUACCUACCCUCAUUUCAUUACUGUUUUACAGUCGUUUAGCUUAUCCGCUUGUGUGUUUUCUCUUAUUUAAUUAAUCAGUCAUCACUGUCAGUGUAAAUUGGAUUUUUGAUCCUUCAUAUUCUCGUCUAUCGAUACAAUUAGCUGACAGCAGUAAACCUGUGAACCUAUCACCACGUUCUCAUUAUUACUUUAUUCUUGUUUAA